CUUCAACAAGGUAAGUCAUUGUUUUGUUGAACUCAAAUAAAGCAAGUAUUUUUGCACUGUGAAGUUGAACUUAAGUAAAGUCAGUAUUUACUUUACACUGUCAAGGUGGACUUAAGUAAGGUGAGUAUUUGUUCUGCACUGUAAAGUUGAACUUCCAGGAGGUAAAUAUUUGUUUUGCACUGUGAAGUUGAAGUUAAGUAAAGCCAGUAUUUAUUUUGAACUGUCAGGUUGAAGUUAAGCGAGGUAAGUAAUCAAAUCUAACAGAAUAAAAUGCAAUGAAGUAGUGAAGAAAGUAGCUCUAAGGACUAGAAAUAAAGGAGUUUGUCAUCUUCCUGUGAGGCGUUUGUUGAGGUAUAAAAGGAGUGUAAGGACGUUGCUCAACGUGUGUGCAGACAUGAGGGAGUGCAGACAUGAGGGAGUGCGUGCUUGACUUUGACGCCACAGAUGAGGAACUCCAGCAGACAAACUUGUGUGUUUGUACAAAACGAUACAAAGAGGAAGCUAAAGGCCAGCUAACCGAAGACCUUCAUUUUCCUACAAACUCCUCUGAGUGCAAGCCAUACAGUGGACAUACUCAGCUUCAUACUCCUGCAGUGACGACAUCCUCCACCUCUCCAUCACCUGCGUCCAUCCCUGAGGACGUCUUCUUUGGGGGAACCAGUGAGGAUCAGUAUCUCCUGUCUUCAUCUUUGCAGGACGCGUGCUCGCGAUUGAGCGACUGUGACGUUGGAGGCGUGGACGUGAGCAGCAGCGUGGAGGACCUGCAGGCCCUCAGCUCUUCUUUGGGAGACUCGGACUACUUCAGGGACCUGGACGCUGUUCUUGGUGGACCCCUGAAGGCCAUCAGUCCAGACCGGACAUCCCAGACGGCAGCGCCCCCUGUGGCCUUUCAAUCCUCAUCACCCUCGUCUGCGCACCCUGCAGAGGAGGCACCCGGCGGCACGCUGGUGGUCACCCAGCUGCGUCCCACCCUGUUGCCCAGCUGUGUGAUUGACAGCGCUGACUCCUUGUGCCCCGGAGUGGGGCUGAGCGUGACUAUUAAUCUGAGCGGACUGCUGGGAUCAAUGGAAACAACUCAAAGGCAGCACAGCAUCAUGCAUUUCAACGGAGAGGUCGACGGUUUCCCCAACUUAGCAAGAUCCAUGUCCACAUCUCGAAGACACAGCUGGGGCGUCCCCGUGUCCCCCAUCAGCCUGGGAAGGAGACUAAGUCUGGACACCAUGGCCGUGGACAGCGAUGGAGACGAUAAUGACGAAGGGGGGCAGCGCGGCCUCUUCCAGUCCACUCAGCAGAAGACUGGUUGUCCACUGGAGGAGACAGACGGCCCCCAGCAGAGUGUCUCCAGCUCUACUGUUGAGGCUGCAGGAUUUCCCGGCAAGCAAGUGUACUCGCGCUCAGAGAUCCUCGCCACGGACGAAUGUUCACGUGCUGCACACGUUUCGCACAUCGUACGCACGUCCAAGCAGGCUGCAAGGGCAGCAGGAGCAGAGGAGUUUGACCCCGAGGAACACCUGCACUCCACGGAGGGCCAGAGUCACAUGCUGAUGGUACAGAAAGUUCUGCAGGAGCUAAAGUUGUACCAUGGAGCCAAGCAGAGGACCCACAAAACCUAUGACAAAGAAAAUGUCACAUGGUACGAGUUCCUCUCGAAUGAAAAUGAGGAAGAGGAUGAUCGAACUGAGAAGGUGGAAAAGGGUACCAAGGUGAAGAGGACCCUCAGCUCGUUGAGGAACAGGAUGACUGGAUCCUUCAACAAAGAUAAGGGUAAGACCCGAGACAAAGAGCACCCACUAAGGGGCAAAGAGAAGGACAGGGAGGCCACGGGGACGGAGGGCAGCCACAGCAAUGGCCAUUUUUUAGCGCUGGGCACUUUUUCCAGCCAUGCCACCUGCUCGCUGUGCGGCAAGACUCUGCAGAAAAAGCACAGCCUGCAAUGCAUGAAUUGUGCUGUGAAUGUUCACAAGAGCUGCAAGUCUCUGCUGGGUGAGUGCACCAGCACCAAGAACAAGAGAGAUUCUUUAUCAAGGACAGGCCUUUCUGGUUCCCCUAAUCUUGCACUAAAGGAGCGGGACAGAGGGCACGAACACUCGGGCGCAUCCUCCUCACAAACUCUGAAUGGGAACCCAACUUUUCCCGGCCCCCCCGGCAUGACCAUCAUUCCUCGGGGACCAAGUAUCCAGCCGAGUGCGUCCCACUGCGCCACCUCUCCCGCAGCCCCGACUUUAAACCUCAGCAGCUCAGGCUCUCUCCCCGGGGAGAUGGAUGAAACUGAUGCUCUUCGCUUCAAACGCUGCACCGAAGACACCGUUUCUCUCGUUCCCUCCACCACCGAGUCCGUCAUAGUGGAAGAUGCUCACUAUGCUGCAGUUCGGGCUGAUCUGGAGUCCGACGCGCAGGACCUGGAAGCAGAGUCCUGGAGUUUGGCAGUUGACCAGCAGUAUGUUAAGAAACACUCGAAAGACGCCACAAAGAGACAGGAUGUCAUAUAUGAGCUGAUGCAGACGGAAAUGCAUCACGUGCGGACGCUGAAGAUCAUGCUGCGGGUUUACGUCAAAGAGUUGAGGGAGAACCUCCAGCUGGAUUCGGGCAGGCUGGAGUGUCUCUUUCCACGCUUGGAAAACCUCCUGGAGCUCCACACGCAUUUCUUGUCCCGUCUCAAGGAACGGCGGCGAGACAACGUUGUCUCGCCCACCGAUGGGAACUACACGGUGGACAGAAUAGCGGAUGUACUGAUUGCACAGUUUUCAGGUGAAAUAGGUGAGAAGAUGAAGGAUAGCUACGGCGAUUUCUGUAGUCACCACACUGAGGCCAUGGGCUACUACAAGGAACAGAUGCAAACAAACAAAAGGUUCCACAGCAUCAUCCGGAAAAUCAACAACCUGUCCAUUGUGCGACGGUUAGGAGUGUCUGAGUGCAUUCUGUUGGUGACGCAGCGCAUUACCAAGUAUCCUGUUCUUGUGGAUCGGAUUCUGCACAACACUGAAGUGGGUACUGAGGAGCACGCCGAGCUGAACCGAGCUCUCGACUUAAUUAAAGACACUAUUGUUCAAGUGGACGCAUUGGUUAACCUGCACGAGAAGACGUGUCGCCUUCGUGACAUCCACAACAAGAUGGAGCCGAAGGCGCUGGGGAAAAUCAAAGACGGCCGAGUGUUCCGCCGGGAGGACUUGGCACAAGGUCGGAGGCGGCUGCUGCACGAGGGGACUGUCAACUGGAAGGCUGCUUCCGGCAGGCUUAAAGAUAUUCUUGCAGUUCUCCUCUCAGACGUGUUACUGCUGCUACAAGAGAAGGAUCAGAGAUACAUAUUUGCUGCAGUGGACAACAAGCCGUCGGUCAUCUCUCUUCAGAAGCUGAUUGUGAGAGAGGUGGCCCAUGAAGAAAGAGCCAUGUUUCUGAUCUGUGCCUCCUCCAAUGAGCCGGAGAUGUACGAGAUCCACACCACCUCCAAGGAGGAAAGAAACACGUGGAUGGCACACAUACGGCAAGCUGUGGAGAGCUGUCCUCAUACAGAGGAGAGGCUGUUCAGUGAGGAGGAAGAGGCUCGAGCUUCCAGGUUUAAAGAAUUUCAAGAACGGUUGAGCCAGAAGGAUGCCGUGAUCGUCCAGGCGCUUUCUGAGAAGCUGCAGCUUUUUGCAGACAUGGCAGACUCCGUAGCCGGUCUGGAGGACGCGGCUUCCCGCUCCAAACUGCUGUUACGGGGAGAUGCCUCAGAUCUCCAGCAGGGGGAGACCUUACUCAAAGGAGCCAUCACUGAGGUGGAAAACCUCCAGAAUUUGCUCCAAUCUGGAGUGAGAGAUGAAGGACUGGAUGAAGGGAGCAGCUCUGGACUCCUUCCCAGGAGAGCAGACACCUUUGGGGGCUAUGACAGCAGCCCCACCAUCCUCACCAAGAAUGGCAAUGUGAAGAAGAACUUUUCUGGUGAGUCCAGAAGCAGAGACCGAAGCCAGCGGGCCAGCUCUGACCCUCAGCUCAAAGAUCUCUAUGGCAGCCAAACUCUGGUUCAUGAGAGCUGCUGCACACCCACCAGAUGGAACCGGUUCUGGUCCAGCUCGUUCCCCGAGGCAGAGUUCUUUGACAGAGUGCUCAUGCUUUCACAGCGGCUCUACAGUCUGCAGGCCAUCAUAUCCCAGCAAGACAGCCACAUCGAGCUGCAGCGUGUCUCGCUGACAGAGCGAGCCUCGCUACCCGGGCGCCAUCGCGGCAACGUGCUCCUGGAGCAGGAGAAGCAGCGGACGCUGGCCCUGCAGAGAGAGGAGCUCGCCAGCUUCCACAAACUGCAGUCUCAGCAUCGGCAAGAGCAGCAGCGCUGGGAGAAGGAGCGCGAGAGGCACCGCCAACAAGUGGAAGCCACAGAGGCCAGACUGUGGCAAAGGGAGGAGGAGUGCAGGCGGUUGGAGGAGCGUCUGGCAGAAGAGAGGGUGGAGCUGGAGAGGCAAAGGGAGACGUACCAGCAGGACCUGGAGAGGCUGAGAGAGUCCACUCGAGCUGUGGAGAAAGAGAAGGAACGCCUGGAACACCAGAAGAAGAUCAAGAGGAAAACCAUCGAGGUGGGUCCCCUGUCAGGCAGUCUAAAUGGGGAGCUCCUCUUGUCCUCUGGCCUCAGCAGCUCCUCCAGUCUGUCUGAAGCACCCCUGCCCCAGAAGCCGCUCGUGCGCGGCAGCCUCUCCGUGGCGCCAGCCGACUACCCGGAGCGGCCCGAGGUGACGUUGCGGCGGGACGCAGGCUCCUCCACCCUGCCGCUGAAGACGGAGGUGCCGCUCCAUCUCUUCAGCACAACCAACCAGCAGCACAAACUAGUGGGGGUGCAGCAGCAGAUCCCCACCAAGCUGGCCGCCCUCAGCAGCGCCAAAGGGAAGGGAGUCAAGAGCGGCAAGGCCUCGCAGCGCACUGACAGCACUGCCUCAGUGGACAUGAAGCAGAUUCUACCUCUGAAGCUGUCAGCCCGUGACGACAACGCCCUCAAAGCCAAGCGCUCGGUCAGCCCCCACCAGCAACCCCCGCUGUCUGCGCCUCCUAUGCCUCCCUCCCUCCAUCAUCACUUAGAUCCAACCCCACCCGACACGUCUGGACCAGAUUCCCAAUCUACUGUUCCUAGCACCAGCCACCCUGCAACUCUCCAGAAGCCUCCAGUACCUCCUGCUCAGCCCCCCCUGCAGUCGUCCGUGCAGCCUCACUCCAUCCCGGCCCACUCCCAGACCGCCGGCUCGCUCCACUUCCAGCCACAGGGCCUCAGCCCCAACCCCCAUGUGCAGGUGCACACGCAGGGCCUCAGCCACAGCAUCCCGCCACCGCCCUACAUCAGCACAGAAGACCUCAACAAGGAAGACGUCAUCUUCUUCUAGAUUCUCAGUCUGGCUCCUUUUCUGUAUCCAAACAUUUGGCUUCUUUUAAACAAACUUAUCCAAAGAUGGCUGAAGGAGUCCAAUGAUGUGAAGACCAGACUUCCAGGUGCUGAAGCGUGGAAGGAGGACGGUGUGCGUGUGCCUCAACAGGAAGUCCCAAGUGAUGGAACACUGUCUGCUUGGUGGUUGAUUUGCACAGUGUAAAUACUCCAUUCCUGACUCUUGAACGAGCCUUCAUGGUUAUUUUUCUUAAUGGGUUGUACACACGCCAAACUCUUCUCUUAGCUCGUUUGCCCUUUUAUGUUCUUAAUUCCACUUUUAGGGAUAUUUUUUUUAAUCAGCUCAGACAAGCCCAGAAAUGGACUUAGUCAACACGUGGAAAACAUCACACCUUGGAAUUCCUUCUCUUCAGUCUUCUUUCACCCAUCCAUCUAUUCCGUCUCAUUCAGUGAAGGUGGGAGGCGGUGUGCCCCCUGGACUGAAUCACGCAUCCCCUUUCAUUUUUAACUUUUUAACAUGACGUCACUUUUAAAAGAAAAAAGUGUGAUACAUGAAUGUACAAAUCACAGCUACAGCGCCUUGCAAAAGUAUUCCUCCCGGGUGUUUCAACAUUUUGUUGCUUUUAUAAAUUGUCAGUGUAAUUUGACUUGGUUGAAAAGAAUUAGCAAUAAAUAAAGGUCAGUAUUUAGCAGAUGCACCUAAAAAUUACCUUAAUUUUUGGUUUAUAAGCUGCAUACCUUUUUCUUUAACUUUGAACCUUUAGCUAAUUUAGCUAAUUUAUGGGUAAGUUCUAACAUCAUGACAUCUCCUUCACUAGAGAACUACUACUAAUGGUACUGUGCCACUUCGAGGUCAGUGAGGAAACGGGAGCUCUUUGGAAGGAUUCAAUCCCGAGCUACUGUAAGUGUACUCACAAUUGGAAGCAUUGGAAAUCGCAGGAGGUCAUUACUCAAUAUAACAGACUGACGCUCGGUGUCAUUUUAAACAGAAAGCUAAACUUAUCACACAGCAACUUAACACUCAAAAGGUAGCUAGUAAAUAUGCAAGACAAGUCCCAAUACGAGUUUAAAAUGGGGAAAAAAAAGAUUUUAAUUGUAAUGCACUGCGUUUAAGCAAAGUACUUAUUGAUGCCUGCCGGGGCGCCGCAAUGAUGUCAGCCUCCCUCUGGGCUCAUCUGGUGGACAGAGGCAGAAUUGCGGUGCCAUCCUUGCAUCUAUUUUCUAUGCCGCUUGGCCUCCAAUGAUAUGCUUCGCUCAGACGCAAUUCAUUUUGGGGAAACGUGAAAAUAUAUAUUUUUUCCUUUUAAACUCAUAUUUGUACAUGUGUCUUAGGUAUACCCUUUGAGUGUUAAGCUGCUGUGUGAUGAGUUUAGUGUUUUUGUAAAAUGACACUCAGGCUGUUAUAUUGAGUAAUGACCUCCUGCAAUUUCCAAUGGGUUAACAAGCUCAUUGUGAGUUUUUCCAUAGCUAAUGAUUGGCUCCUGUCAAAUAAAGAGCUGACCGGUCCUCACAGACUUGUGCGUGCCACAAUAUGUAAUGCCAUUUAAUGACGUGGACAUGUGUGGCUUAUACACCUUUGCGGCUUACAAACCUGUUUUUUCCUCAAUUUAGUGGGUGAGGCUUAAACGGAAUUUACGGUAGUUUUCAUUUUCACAUUUAAGGAGUAGCAAUAAAAUGCUGACACAAAGGGGCAGGUGAAUGCUUUUACAAGGCACUGUCAGAUUUUUGGAAUCUUAUUCGUCUCUGCGAUGACAGCAGUUGCCAUUUUUGGCCCGCAGGCGAAGGAAAAAUACUUUCCUAUGAUUCUGUCUUGCUGAGACUCGCCAGACAAAGCCUGAAGGUCAUUGCUGCGCACACGCUGGAAGCCGGUGGACCCACUUCCACUCUUCUCUUAGCUGCAGUCACGCGGGGAAGGAGUCAUGUUUGGGGAAAAGUCAUGUUUUCAAAGCGCUCACGGACCUGCCUGUCAUUUCCCUGUCAGAGUGAGGUCACGGAGCAAAGCACUGUCUCUUAUAUGGCAUAUACAGUAUGUUGGAACAUUAUUUCAGGUACCGGCCAUGGUGACGUACGCGUGGGUUAUGGAUUGCUGAUCACGUUUCUUUAGCAGGUACUGUCACACCUCUAGCAGGAAGCUGUUGAAGAAUGUCCCUCCCAUGACACCUAUGAAGUAGCGUGAGUGACUUGAUGUAUUAAUGUGUACAUUUGUGUACAUAAUGCAACGUAUGCAAUGCCAUUUUUACAUUAGGUACAUGUCUAUAUGUGCAUACAUUAACGUAUUAUCCAUUUAGUCACUGGACAGGUUUUUCUUUGUCAAUGUAGCAUGGAAGUCAAGUGCACUGCCAGCCAUUUUCCACCCUCUUCCACACCUGUUAAGGUGACGUAGCAAAAUCUUGCUUGAUUCAGUCUGUUUAACCAAAGAGACAAAGAGUGUUUUCUGUACGUUUACCACCCCCGCCCCAGCUUUAUAUUCUGCUUGAGUUGUUCAUACUGAACCCUGAAAACAAGAUUCAUCUCUUGCGAAAACAA